UCGGGUUUCCACCGGAAGGGGAGCACCGCCAAGGCGGAAGGAAGCAGCGCGAGGCGGGGCGGGGCGCAGUCAUGUCGGCCGCCUUGCUGCGGCGAGGCCUGGAGCUGCUGGCGGCCUCCGAAGCCUCCGGUGCGGGAGCGGCGCCGGGCCGGGCCCAGCCGAGCGGGGCUCCGACGAAGCGAGGCCGGAGGGCGAGAGCCAAGGCGAAGGCGACUCAGGCCCCGAAGCUGCGGAACUCGGCCAAGGGCAAGGUCCCCAAGUCGGCGCUUGCUGAGUACCAGAAGCGGGAGCGUCGAGACCACCUCAGAGCAAACCUCAAGUUUAUGACAAGUGCGAGAAGCACCGUGGCGGAAUCUGUUACCCAGCAGAUUCUGCAGCAGAACCAGGGCCGCAAGGCUUGUGAUCGUCCUGUGGAGAAGAUGAAGAAGAAGAAGAAGAAGGCCGAGGGCACGGUGUUCACGGAGGAAGACUUCCAGAAGUUCCAGCUUGAGUACUUCGGCAGCUAGCUCCUGUGGGGCUCAACGGAUGGGAGAGGCCCCUAGAGCGGCCAUGGGCUUCACUGCCCCCGCCGGCCUGUGGGGGCCUACUGUGUGGUGGACGGCCAGUGAUGGUCAUGCAGGAAGAGCCGGGCUCUGGGACACCCAGAGCUGAAGCCCCCGGGACACUGGACUGGAUGGAGCUGGCACGCAGAAAACCCUGGGGCAGAUUUACAGCGGGACAGGAGCAGACUCCCCGAGGUUUAGGAGGCGCCAUGUGCACCUACCAAAAGGGAACUGCUGUUUGUUUGCUGGGCCCCUGGGAGCCAUACCUCCAGAAGAAGGAAGAAGGCUGCUGGGUGGUAGUAAAUGUGGCCUUU